AAAAUCGACAAUAAAUCUGAUUAUAAAAAAAUCUUUAUACAAGACAAAAAAUAGUUUCUUUCUCGAACUCUCAACAAACUUGUGCUUUUAUAUCCAGUUUCUCUCUCCUUUCUUCGAUUCUUGUUUACCUGAUUUUUGAGCACCAAAUUAGAUAAACAAACAGUGAAAGUUUCAAAUGAUGAGUGAAGUUGAGAAGAAUACUCCCCAAGAAGAAGUGGUUUCAAUGGAGCUUCCUGCUCCUUCUGGUUGGAAGAAACAGUUUUUCCCUAAGAGAGGAGGCACCCCAAAGAAGAAUGAGAUUGUAUUUACUUCCCCGACAGGAGAGGAGAUCCACAACCAAAGGCAGCUGCAACAGUACCUAAAAUCACAUCCUGGUGGUCCACCAGCAUCUGAAUUUGAUUGGGGCACUGGCGAGACACCUAGAAGAUCAGCUCGAAUUAGUGAGAAAGUAAAAGCAGCUCCUCCUACUCCUGAAAGUGAACCCCCGAAAAAAAGAAGAAAAUCAUCUGCUUCCAAGAAGGAUGGUAGCAAGGAUACCGAGGCCACAGCUGAAGGUACUAACACAGAUGAGGUCCAGAUGGAAGAUGCUGAAAAGUCCGAGAAAGAAGAGACAGCAGAGGGAGCUGAAAAAGAUGUCCAGAUGCAGGAAGCUGAAAAGACUGAGAAAGAUGAGGCAGAGGCCCGAGAUGAAAAGGAAGUCAUGAAAGAGAACCGAGCUGAGAGCAUAAAUGUGGCUUCUGAGACCAAGGAGGCUGUUCCUGAGCCUGAGAGAGAGACUGCAGUGCCAGUUCCCGAGGUUGAGGGAAAUGCAGUAUUUAAGGAGCAAUAUUUAAAAGAAAGUGAAGGUGAUAAGGCUUCUAUUGAAGAUGCUGAGAUGACCAAGGAGGCUGUUCCUGAGCCUGAGAGACAGACUCCAGUGCCAGUUCCUGAGGUGGAAAAAAAUGUAGAAACUGAAAAGCAAGAUAUAAAAGAAAGAGAAGGUGAUAAAGAUGCUGAGGUUAAAGAAGAGAAGAAUGACAGUUUGCAGGAACAGGUGAAAGUAGAUACUGAAGAUGGGAAGAAAGAUGCAUCAGGCGAACCAGGAUAUGCAAGAAAAUUUGAGGUCGAAAAAGGAGUGGAUUCUUCUCAAUUAAUUACUAAUCAUGAAGAGAAUAUAGUUGGAGAAGACAAAUUUAAAGUUGAGGAGCAAGCGCAACCUGAGAAACAAGAUGGCUUUGUAGAUUUGGUGAAGCCUGAUAUUGAUGCCACCAACAAAGAGGCAAAACUUGAUGUGGAUAGCAUUGGAAAAGACAAUGGAAAAGCUCCUUCGGAAACCGUCGAAGAGCCGAAGGAAAAAGAUGGCGUGGAGGGCAAUAUAAGCAAGAAAGUAAUAGAGGUGACAGAGAAUGGAAGCAAGGCAGGCGAGGCUAGGUCUUGAUUCUUGCUAAUAUGAUUGAGUCAUCUCCAUUUGAUACUCCUGGAGCUCUCUGAAUGACUGUUAUAGGCUUAUAGCCUUGUUGUUAAUGGUAGAAUCUGAUUUGCUGUUUAGUCAAGAUUACCCCUGUACCCAGUUGUAGAUUAGGCCUUGAGUCUCGACCUAGCGAGUGAUUAUGGGAAAUAUUUGUAGCUCGUGUAGAGUUCUUUCUGUAACAUUAUACUGUCAAAUUACUGGUUCUGUUACACCUUGACUACCAUCAUAUGUAGUGUAUGAAGCUACUCUUAUAUACUGUUGACAAUCUUCUGUUUUGUUGUA